CUUUGAUCCCGAGCUAGGCGGCUGCCCGCGGAAAUUUGAAAUGGCUGACGGAUUGCUGGCGGGUGGCGGGCUGGGGUCGCAGGCAAUGACAUCGCAGCCGGAACGCACGGGCUGGGCGGUCGAGGAGGAGCCGGCGCCUCUGGAGAAAGCUCUGUUCCAAGAUGAAGAUUCAUGCAGUGAUUGCAGCAAUCAUGAUAAGCCAGGUUCUAGUUUACCAAGUUUUGUGCCUGAAGGAAAGACUCAUUUUCCAGAAAUAUUCCAGACAAGUCAACUUUUGUUCUAUGAGCGAUUCAGAGCUUAUCAAGAUUACAUUUUAGCUGACUGCAAGGCCUCUGAAGUAAGAGAAUUCACAGCUGAGUUCUUGGAGAAGGUCCUUGAACCAUCUGGAUGGCGGGCAGUCUGGCACACUAAUGUGUUUGAGGUGCUGGUUGAGGUCACAGAUGUGGACUUUGCAGCCUUGAAGGCAGUGGUGAGGCUUGCAGACCCAUACCUCUGUGAAUCUCAAGUGAGCUCUUUUACCUUGGAAUGUAUGAAUGAGCUCCUCGAUCUGAAGGAACAUCGGUUGCCCCUGCAGGAGCUGUGGGUGGUGUUUGAUGAUUCUGGAAUAUUUGACCAGACAGCCCUUGCAAUUGAGCAUGUCAGGUUUUUCUAUCAAAACAUUUGGAGGAGCUGGGAUGAAGAAGAGGAGGAUGAGUAUGAUUAUUUUGUCCGAUGUGUUGAACCUCGAUUGAGAUUGCAUUAUGAUAUCCUUGAAGACCGAGUUCCUUCAGGACUUGUUGUUGAUUACCGCAAUCUGUUGUCCCAAUGUGAGGAGAGUUACAGGACAUUUUUAAAUCUGAGAAGCAGUUUGUCAAAUUGUAACUCUGAUUCCGAGCAGGAAAACAUCUCCAUGGUUGAAGGGUUAAAAUUAUAUUCAGAGAUUGAACAGCUGAAACAAAAGCUAAAACUCAUUGAGAAUCCUUUGUUGAGAUACGUGUUCGGCUAUCAGAAGAAUUCGAAUAUCCAAGCAAAGGGCAUUCGUCCAAAUGGUCAGAAGGUCAUGCAUGUGGUCUCCUCCAGCAUGGUGACUGGUCUGCUACGGUCUCUGCUCAGGGACAAGCUUUGUCAGGAGCCUUGUAAGGAGGAAACAGAAAUUCAGUUCCAUAGUGAUCCGUUAUCUGCUAUAAAUGCCUGCUAUGAAGGUGAUACUGUGAUUGUUUGUCCUGGCCAUUACAUGGUACAUGGUACAUUCUCCAUUGCUGAUUCCAUUGAGCUUGAAGGGUAUGGUCUACCAGAUGAUAUUGUGAUAGAAAAGAGGGGCAAAGGAGAUACUUUUGUGGAUUGUACAGGUGUAGAUAUUAAAAUCUCAGGCAUAAAAUUUAUCCAGCAUGAUGCUGUAGAAGGAAUCUUGAUCAUUCACCGUGGUAAGACCACAUUGGAAAAUUGUGUGCUGCAGUGUGAAACUACAGGAGUCACAGUGCGAACAUCAGCAGAAUUUUUAAUGAAGAACUCGGAUUUAUAUGGUGCCAAGGGUGCUGGUAUAGAAAUAUAUCCUGGAAGUAAGUGCACCUUGAUUGACAAUGAAAUCCAUCACUGCAAGGAAGGGAUACUCAUUAAGGACUUCUUAGAUGAGCAUUAUGACAUUCCCAAAAUAUCCAUGGUGAAUAAUGUCAUACAUAAUAAUGAAGGUUAUGGUGUUGUCUUGGUGAAACCUAUAAUCUUCUCUGACCUGCAGGAAAAUGUCCAAGAUGAAACUAAAGAAGAUAGAGCACUUAAAACUCCGACAAGUGAGGAGGCAGGCACAGCGGAAAGGGUGGAUCUAGAAGAGCUGAUUCAGUGUGCAACUGGCAAAAUGGAGCUUUAUGCAAGAUCCAGCCUUUCUGAGCAAGUCGAAGGCAACUGUGAAAUUGUAAAUGAACUAGUUGCUGCCUCCACACAGAAGGGCCAGAUGAAGAAGAAGAGGUUGAGUGAACUGGGGAUCACGCAAGCUGAUGACAACUUAAUGUCACAGGAGAUGUUUGUUUCAAUUGUGGGGAACCAGUUCAAGUGGAACGGGAAAGGGAGUUUUGGCACAUUUCUUUUCUGACCACCAUGAUGUAAAUAGAUAGCAAAAUAUUGGAUUUUGUACAUGCUGCCCCGAAAAUCACUGCUGCUAUCAUAGUUUGCUUCAUGUCUAUAUUUUAUAUUUGAUAAAUUUGAUUGGGUUUGAGUGAAAUGUACAUCUAUUUCUAUUGCAGAUGUUGCACAUGAAACAUUCCCUCUAUAUAAGGAGGGUCAUGAAAACAUAUAAUAUAGAAAAUACUUAAAGAUUAAUUAUCUAGAAAGUCUUGCUUUCA